AAAAUUGUUCAAGAAUUACGUCUAAAAUUGCUUAGCAUAAACCAUUGUUAGCAUAAACCAUUGUUAGCAUAAAUCAUUAUAAAACCAGGAAUAAUGAAACAGUCUUAUCGAAUAAUGUUAUGUUUAACAUAUGUGCGUGCGCCCGCGUGCACUCGCGUAUGUGUAUGUAUGAUGUAUAAGGUGGAGAUUACAUAUUCUCGGUUUUGCAUGUAAUUAUACGAUAUGAAGUAAUCAUAUAUAUAUAUAAUACAUAUAUGUAUGACGAAAUAACAAAGACGCCGUAUGUUUGUCUGUCGACAAUCAACCGACAAAUUCUUCUCAUCGAUAUUUAUUGUAAGCGAUUCACUCGAACGAAAUAAAUGCCAACUGUCGCUUGAAGCGAUUAGAAAUCAUAUUUCUUUAUAAGAAUUUAUUUAAUAAUCUAACGAACAAUUAAAAUGAGUACGAAACAUUUAACCACGGGAUCAGUCGCACCACCUAUUGUACCUGGAAAAAUACGUUUGUAUAGUAUGCGUUUUUGUCCAUAUGCUCAAAGAAUACAUCUGGUUUUAGAUACCAAAAAAAUUCCAUAUGAUGUUGUUUAUAUCAAUUUAACCCAAAAACCAGAAUGGUUCUUAGAGAAAAAUCCUUUUGGAAAAGUUCCUUGUAUAGAAUUAGAAGGAGGAGAAAUAUUGUAUGAAAGUAUUAUAAUAGCAGAAUAUCUAGACGAAGCUUAUCCACAAAAUAAAUUGUGCCCAUUCAGUCCUUUUGCUAAAGCUAAGGAUAAACUAUUGAUUAAAAGAUUUAAUGGAGUUAUUACCAAUAUGUACAAGCUAUAUACUGGAACAACAGUAGAUCGUGAUUUAUAUAAUGAAGCCUUAUCUAGUUUGGAAUUUUUUGAUAGAGAACUUGUUAAAAGAAGAACUCCUUUCUUUGGAGGUACUUCACCUGGCAUGUUGGAUUUAAUGAUUUGGCCGUGGUGCGAAAGAGCAGAUAUUAUCCGGAUUUUGCGUGGAGAUGAAUUCAUAAUAUCUCGAGAACGCUUUCUAAGAUUGUUCGAGUGGAGAAAUGCUAUGAAAGAGGACCCUGCAGUUAAAGAAAGUUAUUUGGAUGCUGAAAUACAUACAAAAUAUAUGCGUAGUCGACUUGCUGGAAUACCUCAAUACGAUUUACUACUUAAUCUUUAACUAAAAAUAUGUGAUAAUAAAGGCCUCUAAAACUUAA